AUGGCCGUCGUUCCUCCUGGGGGCUUCGUUCUUGUAACAGGCGUCAAUGGUUAUAUCGCCGGCGUCGUUGCCAAGACAUUUCUCGACCACGGAUACAAAGUCAGGGGAACGGUGCGUUCAGUUUCCAAGUAUGGCUGGAUGCCUUCAUAUUUCGGCCCCAACUUCAGCCUUGCUGAAGUCCCCGAUAUACAUGCCGACAAUGCCUUCUCGGAAGCCGUAAAGGGCGUUGAUGGAAUCGCCCAUGUGGCGGCUAGCCUCGAUAUGAGCCCUGAUGCCACCAUCAUUGAUCGAACGGUGAAAAGUACCAUUGGGCUCCUUGAUGCUGCAUCCAAGGAACCAACGGUCAAACGAGUCGUCCUCACUUCAUCUGCAAACGCAUGCCUUGAUCAAAUAGCCGGCACCCCUUACAAGAUGACCGCUGAGAGCUACAACGUGGGAGCAAUCGAGAAGUCAAAGCAAGCCUGGAACGGAGAAGAUCCCAUGAGGCGCGGCAAAGUUAUUUACGCAGCUUCCAAAGCUUUGUCCGAGAUGAAGGCAUUCGAGUGGGUUCGCGAUAAUAAGCCAUCGUUUGUCUUCAACUCGAUUAUCCCCAAUUUCAAUAUGGGGGCGCCUGUAGCUCCAUACAAACUUGGAUUCGGUAGCACCACUGCCAUUCUUGCUGCUCUCCUCCGCGGUCAAUCAUCCCUUCUGGCGCUGUUUGGCUCAGAAUGGUAUGUACAUGUCGGAGACACAGCUCUACUUCAUCUGGGAGCUCUGACAGUCGCGGAUGUGCAAAAUGAGCGUCUCUUCGCAUUCGCUGGGCGGUUCUCUUGGGGCGCAGUUCUCGAGAUCAUACGCAGACGCUUUCCCGAGAGGGAAGGAUCUCUGCCAGCAGUUCACGAGGCAGCUAUUGACAUUGGAGAGGUGGAGAACCACCGUUCUGUUGAAGUCCUGCAGAAAUUAGGCAAAGAUGGGUUCAAAAGCUUAGAAUUUGCCGUGGUAGAGACCUUCGAGGCUGUGAUUGCCGCUGAGGGGCAGGCUGAUGCUCCAAAGUCUCGCGCAGAGGAAACAAUUGAAAUGCUUAUCAAAAGCUCAGCCCAGUAG